AUGACUGUGGUCCUGGGGGACCAGUGCGCGCACUACUUCACCACCACCAUGCAGCCCGUCUGCUACGUUGGCCCGGGCUUCCACUGGCACCGCUGCUGCGAGGCCGUCCGCACCUUCAUUGACGACGGCAAGUGCCUCUGCGAGCCACGGGUCAUAGGAGACAUGCGCGGGAGCGGCAGGUCGCUGGCGGUUCAAAUAACCAGGCUGUGCAAGUACGACUUCCCGCUCCCUUGGAACGUGCAGAAAACCCUCGAGCUGGACGUCUGCAAGCCCUACGUGGCCGCCAGCACAAAGGGGAGUUGGAAUUCGACUUUUUUCGUCCGGAAAGGGUCCAACGAAUCCGAUAAUCUUCUGGCCCAGCAGCAGGGCAUUGAUGCGAGUAAAAUUCCAUCUUUUGAUGACAUUUUUGAGCCGCCGCCGCCGGGGCCGUUUCGGACGGCCGUGGCCAAGGUCGUGGUGGAGAGGGACACGCCGUCCGUACUCAAGAACAUGAAGUCUUCCGCGACGCAUUUUGGGGCGGAUGUGUACUACCCCGUGGACCCGCUGCCCGGGGGGCCGGGGUCCAAGAAGGUGGUGGGAAGGCGGCGGGUGGCGGCGGGGGGCCCGUUUCCGUUGGUGGUUUUCUCGCCCGGAUACCAGGGAGUGCCUGGGCACUUCAGGAGGACGCUGGACCACUUGGCGUCGCAGGGGGUGGUGGUCAUUUCGCAGUACUCAACGUCCCAUCUGCGGGUGGAUAUAAACAGGAAGAAGAUGGAGGCGUGGAGAGAGGACAUGCUGCACAUGGUGCAGUUCCUCAGCCGAAAGGGCGGCGACCCCGAGUCCUUCCUGUCGGGCGGCGUGGACCCCUCGCGCAUCGGCUUCGCUGGCCACUCCUUCGGGGCGGGCAUGGCGCUGUCCGCGGCGGCGCUGGCAAGGGAGGAGCGCGGCAUGAACGUCAGCGCCGUGGUGCCAGUGUCGGCGGCCUGCCUCAUCAUGGGCAACAGCUGCGAAAUGCCGUCGGAGGCCACUCCCAAACUGCACGGCGUGAAGGCCCUCUUCAUCGUCGGGUCGGAGGACCGCAUCACGCCCCCGCGGAGCACGGAGUGGUUUUACGGCCUCAUGCCCGAGGACUCGGAAGCGGACCUGAUGUACCUGGAGGGGGCGACGCACUGCCUGUUCGAGGCAGAGCCCAAGAAUUGGCCAAACACAAACUCGCAGUGCGGCAGGGGCAGCGCGUCGCCCCAGGAAUCCAUUCGGCGAAUGGCCAUCGCCAUGGCGGACUUUUUCAGAGAGCAUUUCGAGGCUGCCUCUUGA